CACUGGUCUAUUGUAGGAUAGCUCUUUCCAUAAUCGCUUGUCUUUUGUUUUGAAAGUUUGUCAGUAAUGUCUCCGAAAAAGUGCUCGGUUGUCGGCUGUGAAGAAACAUCGCAUUUAUUCUCUUUACCUAAAGAUGAAAGCGUCAGGAAACACUGGGAGGACUAUCUCGUUACUGCCCACAGAGCUGCUCUAGCCAACGAGUCUGUCUGCACCAAAAACCAGGAGGACUCUCUGUUUCGUGCAGGACUUCUUGGAGCAGACCUCUGUGUUUGUGCACGGCACUUCACAGAGGACUGUUUCGACAACAGAGCCCAGUUUUCAGCAGGUUAUUCGACCCUCUUAAGGCUUAAAAACGGAGCUUUCCCAUCUAUAAAAAAUGAAUGCAAAGAGGAGACAGACGAGCUAGCUAUUUCAUUGGAGGAGCUCCCCUUGACCUCUAUGAAAGAACGAGCCAGCCCUGCUGAAUUACUACCUUGUCCUCCACUUACGGCCAAUGUUAAGACAGACACCUCAGACCUUAUUUCUACAAGAUCUAUUGAAGUGCACCCCUCACGUCUGAUGUUGUCUACUGGCACACAGUGUCACAACAGUGUCUCUACAUCGUCAGUUGGAACACAGUCCUCUAUAAUGAUGUUGUCUACUGGAACACAGUGUUGCUUGAAUAUUCCUACAUCAUCUGUUGGAACGCAGUACUCAAUUAUGAUGUUGUCUAUUGGAACGCAGUGUGACUUGGACAGUACUUGGACUAAAAUUGAUACAACACAGCUGGCUAAUAAUAAUACACUGAGGAACUGGAGAAGUAAAGGUGAAGAGGUCGGACUUUGCUAUAAAGGUAAACGCAAGGACAGCACAAAGCAGCAUGUAGAGUUUCAGCAGCCAUCAUCACCUGGAGGUGUCAGACCAGAAAAGAGGCCACGCACUGAACAUUCACAGGAGGAGGAGGAAGACGAAGAAAGUAUUUCUGAUAUUUUACAGUCUGAUGUCUCUUUGACAGAACAGCCUGAAACAAGAGAGUCACAGUCCACAAGUGGUUCUGAUCGGCCCAAGUACAUUGUGUUUGAGAACUGCCUCAGAGACCUCUUCAAGACCUGUCCCAGGUGCAGGCAGGAGUGUGAGAUGCAGCAGCAGAGACUGGGGACUUCCCUGUCCUUCAGUCAGUUCUGCCCGAACUGCAAGUACAGCAGAAAAUGGCAGAACCAGCCAGUUGAAGCAAGCAUUGCAACAGAUCCCAGCUGAUCUGGGGAUAGU